UUCUUCUCCUCACAGCUGCAAAGCAUAUUCGCUUUCCGCCACCGCCCGAUCCCCACACCGCCACCCGCCGCCUCUAACCCCGCUGUCCCGUCUUGUGCUCUGACCUCACCGCUGGUCAGUGUCAGACCGCAUGGACCCCACCGACCAGUCGCCGGAGGAGGUGUACUCCGUGUGGGCCCUUCCGCCGGAGCCCGUCCGUGAUCGUUUCCGCCGCAUCAUGGAGGGCCUCCGCGCUGCAUACGGCGGCCCCGCCUUUGAGCCGCACGUUACCGUCGUCGGUGACUUCCGCGGACGCCGCUCGGAAGCUGUCAAGGUGCUCCGCGCCGCCGCCGCCAGCGUCCAACCCUACACUGCUCGUGUCACGGGGGUUGCCCGUGGCAGCUUCUUCUACCAGUGCGUCUACAUCCUUCUCGACCCCACCGCCGAGGUGGUGGGAGCUAGCGAUCACUGCUGCGCCAACUUCGGUUACAAUAGAAAAACUCCAUACAUGCCGCAUGUCAGCCUCUUAUAUGGAGACCUUACAGAUGAGGAGAAGGAGGAGGCAAGGAAGAAGGCAGAGGAGCUGGACAAGGAUAUCUAUGUAUUAGAGUUUGAGAUAUCUGAGCUUGCGCUCUAUAGAACAGAUACCACAGAUAAAACCUUGGAGUCAUGGGAAUUGGUGGAGGUGUGCCAUCUUGGCUCUUGAGAAGAAGUUAUUAGUUUCCUCUCCAUGGUGAUUCUGCUGUAAGUUAACUCUUGGAAUUUAUAAUGCUUUGUAGUGUCUUGUUGACUACUUUCUAAGAAACUGGUACGUACCACUGGCAUAAUACUUUCAAUGGGAA